AUGGGUGUUCUGAUGAUGGAGCGCCUGCUUGUUCAAGAGCUUCCUCCCUCUGAGCGUGUCCUCAAUGAUGGAAUGCCAGAAUACUGCAUCAUUGAUGGCAAUAAUCAUGUUCAGACAGCAAGGCAGCUUUUCCCUGGCAAGUCUUUGAAGUGGUGUUGUGACAUUGUAGAUAACAAUGUCUCUGAUGAUAACAUCCAUGUCCUUGUGUGGGGCCAGAACCACAUGCAUGAUGAGGCUGCUGUUCACAGGGAUGAGUGGGAGGACUUCUUCCAGCACCAUGACACCCUGUGCACUGACAAGUUCUGGACCAUUAAUUGA